AUGUAUGUCCUCCAGCGCCGAGUCACUGUGUCUGGCCUCAACACUCUGAAAUACCGUCCUUCUCAAUAUCCCAAACGCACAAUGCGGCUGCCCUACGCCCCUUCCACCUUGCCGGAUGAUGCCCCCGCCGACACGGCAGACAUCUAUGCUCGCAUUGCAGCUCGACGAAAUCCUCGCCCGUUGAUCCCGCUAGAUCUGUCUCUAUUACAUAGCCCACCCGUGGCUGAUGGCUGGAAUAGCUUCUUGGGUGCGAUUCGCUCGCGCACCGUUGUCGACUCGGGCCUCCUCGAGCUAGCGGUUUGCCGCGUUGCUGUGCUGAACCGCGCCGUGUAUGAAUGGAAUGCCCAUGCUCCUCUGGCCCUUAAAGGCGGCAUUCAGCCGGCUGAGCUGAACGCUGCUCGCGAGCUGCCUUGCACUACGGAGGAGGAGCUCUCCCUACUAGAGAGUAGCCCGCUGACGCCGCGACAACGCGCUGUCUUGCGCUACACGGAUCAGAUGACGCGCUCGAUUAAAGUCCAAGAUGAGGUGUUUUCCCAGCUGCAGGCCGUCGGAUUCAAUGAUCGUGAGAUUGUCGAGCUUACCACCGGCAUUGCUGGAUACAACUGCGUCAGUCGCUUCCUCGUCGCGCUGGAUGUUGGCGAAAACAAUGACCGCGAGAUGAAGAGUGUUGAUGAGCUAGUUGCAGCAUUGCAAUGA